AUGGAAUAUACCUUAUUUGGAGCCGAAUGUUGCAUGUUGACACCUGUCAUCAAGUCCGUUGCUGAGAUCACUGGAGAUAAGAUCAAUUUUAAGGUGAGCGAUGGAUCAGACCAUAAGGACUUGGAUUUCAAUAUUAAAUUUGGAACCCCAGUACUUGCUACUCAAUUUGGAAAGAUAUUUGGAGGAAGCACAAUCUUGCGUUUUCUUGCAAGAGGCUCUCCAUACACCAACUUGUAUGGAAGAACAAGCUCAGACGCAGCCCAUGUAGAUAUGAUCUUACAAUACACCGAUACAACUAUAUUCUCACUAUUUGUGACAAUUUUCAGAAAGAAUGGAGACGUCAAGCAGGCAUUAUCUGAAUUCACAAAUAUCCUUGAACACUUCAACAAGUAUUUCACAUGCCGUACUUUUGUUGCUGGAGAACGCAUUACUAUUGCUGAUAUAUUAUUGGCUGUAUCUAUUGACUCUUCAAUAAAAUGUUCUGAUGAAGCUCUUUCCUUGAAAAACUUUGUAAAUGUCCAGAGAUAUGUUGACACUAUUCUUGCACAGCCUUCAGUAAAGAAGCACUAUGGUGAAUAUAUAAAGAAUUUCUCAGCUUUUAAGGUUUGCCAAGCCAAAUCUAACUCGGGAUCUGCAUGUACCUCUGAGGAGAAGCCAAAGAAAAAAGAGAACCCAUUAGAUUGUCUUCCACCAACUUCAAUGAGUAUGGAUGAAUGGAAGCGUAUCUACUCAAACACUAAAGACUUAAAGGGAGUAGCAAUGCCUUGGCUGUACCAGAACUUUGAUGCUAGUGGGUAUAGCUUCUAUUAUAUGAAGUAUAAUAAGCUCCCAGACGAGUUGGAUGUUGCAUUCAGAGCAAGCAAUAUGGUUGGUGGAUUCUUACAGAGACUUGACAAUAACUUCAGAAAGCACUCUUUUGGUGUCAUUAACAUUGUGGGUGAGGGUAACGAUUUUGAUUACCAGGGGGUCUUCAUGUUUAGAGGACUUGAUAUUCCAGAGGAAAUGAGGUCACAUCCUUCAUUCGAAUACCAUACCUUCACUAAGCUUGAUUUCUCUAAAGCAGAUGAUAAGAAACUCAUUACAGACUAUUUCUGCAACGAUGAUGAAGUAGAGGGUCUUAAGAUACAAGAUUGCAAGGUAUGGAAGUAA